CAUCUGUUCGCGUCUGUUCGAUCGCAGACACGUUCACCAGGACGCGAUUACCAACGUCAUUCAUCGCAUUCUACCUGUCAAACUACUGAAGAGCUUUCCGAAUCUCUGUAUUCCGUCUUAAAGUAUCCUCAACACCGAAAUCCGAAAUUCAUUCUGAUUGCGGCACCGAAAAUACAACCUGAACUUGACCUGCAUCUUGUCACAUCACCAUGCCUCCCCGCAAAAUGGUCGCCGAUGCGACAAUCAAGACCGAGAUCGCAGAUGCCGUGCGCCGCAUCUACCACGGUCCGCAAGAGCUAACCGUCAACGCUGUGCGCGAAGCUGUCGAAAAGAAGCUCAAACUUGGCGAAGGGUUUCUCAAAGAUGGCGACUGGAAAGCAAAGAGCAAGCAGCUUGUCAUGGACACUCUCGCCAAGAUAGAAUCCAACGGGGCAGAACCAGACCAGGCUGCUCCAGCGAAACCAAACGCCAAGAAGCCGAAAAACAACGCCAAAGCCAAGGCACCUGCGAAGAAGCGCGCAAAGAAGGAGGCGACACCUUCCGAAGAGUCCGAGUCCGAGUUGAGCGAUCCCGAGGAUAGCGAAGAGGAGGAAUUUGACGACGACGACGAAUCCGAAGGGGAGCCGGCCAAGAAGCGCAAAGCCACAAAGGCAACGGGCAAGAAGAGGAAGGGGUCAUCAGAUGACAAUGAUGACGAAGAGGAAGCCGAGGAGAGCGAGUCCGAAAGACCUAAGAAGAGAGCGAAACCCGCCGCCAAGGCUACCAAGGACAAACCAACCAAGAAGACUGCCGCUGCGAAGAACAAGGUCGAAGCAUCCGACGCAGAGUCCCUGCUUAGCGAAAUCGACGAGGCUGGACUGGAGGAUAAGGACGAGUCAAGUGAGCUAUCGGAUGCCAUGGAUGUCGAAACCCCCAAGGAGAAGGACACAAAAGACGAGGUGACAAAGGCAGAGAAGGAGACGAAACCGGCCUCAGACGACGAGAGCGAGCUUUCUGAAGUCAUCGACGAACCUCCCAAACGGAAAGCUAAACCCAAAAAGGGCGCCGCUAAAGACUCUUCCGAAACCAAGCCCACCAACGCCCCGCCCGCGGACAAGGACGAUGGCGAAAGUUCCAUGUCUGAAGUCUUUGACGAGCCCCCGAAGCGUGGCGGCAAGGGGCGCGGAAAAUCCAAGGAGGCCGCCAGCAGCAGCACCAGCAAAGGCCGCAAAGCCAAGUCCGUAUCCGCCGACCUCUCUCCUGACGAAGCCCUGAUCAAGCAGCUCCAGAGCCAAUUACUCAAGUGCGGCAUUCGCAAGAUCUGGCCAAUCGAGCUCAAGAAGUACGGUGAUGACACCAAGGCGAAGAUCAGGCAUCUCAAGAACAUGCUCACCGACAUAGGCAUGACCGGGCGGUUCUCCGAGUCCAAGGCCAAGGAAAUCAAGAUGCGCAGGGAACUGGAGGCGGAGCUAGAUGCCGUGAAGGACGGAGAGAAGAGCUGGGGACUGGGUGAUGGCGGGAGGCCCAGGAGGAGGGCGGCGGCUAAGGUGAAGAGUCUGAAGCUUGAAAGUGACUCUGAAGAUCAAGAGGAAGAGGACGAAAGUGGGGAUGGAGCGGACAAGAAGGAAAAGAAGGAAAAGAAGAAGAAGAAGAAGAAGGCCGAAAAGGAGGGUAGCGGUGAUGAAGAUGGAGACGAUGAUGAUGAUGAAGUUGAAGAGGACGACGAAGAUGACGAUGACGAGGACGAGGACGACUCAGAAGAUGCGGAGCCAAAGGCAAGGGUGAGAGGCCCAGCCAAGCACAGGGCGGAUUUCGCUUUCUUGGGCUCUGAGAGCGAGUCUGAUUAAGUCACGGUGAUUGAUAUGGAGCAAGCAAGACCCAGUGUCUUGGAUCACCACUACUUCUUCAUGGUUAUGUUAUGGGCGUGUACGAUUCAACGAGAUGUUUUAUACCCUUUUGGUUUUGUAUGACUAUUUAUCAAGGUACGCAAUGGGCGGAGAAUAUGGCACAUUGGAGGCAGGUUCUCAGUUUCGGAAUUACUUUGUGGCGUUCAUUCUUUGAGCUAUCAAGCUGAAGACUGCGACGGAGCUUAGGAACAGGACGGCGUUGUAGAACUAGUAGUAUCAUGUUAGGUGGUCUUGGGGUUAAACAGCAGCACCGGAAUAUGACGUACUGCUUUUCUGGAC